AUGCCCGCCUUUAAUUCCGCUCCCCAUGGCCCUGCGUUUACUUCCGUCAAUGGUCGAUUGUCUCUGAGUCCGCCCGACGAGAAGAAGCCAACCGUUGCCGCCAAACCUUCUGCCUGGAGUCCCGCCUCCCCAGAUCCUGAGCCCAAACAUCACUCUCGCUCCCCAGAGAGCGACACGAGUUCGUCCACUGUUGGCAGUGGAGAUCGAUCUCCUGAUAGUUCAGACAAGACAAGGUCCUCUCCUGAACACCCAAAUAAGAGAAGACGCUCCGGCUCCGAAGAAGACGCCUACGGCCAACACAGCCCUGAUCAGAGGACCGCUGGCCCCAGGCAACUUCCACUUCCAUACCAGCCCUUGAACCGCAAUACGACCAUGAGCAUGGAAGCCCCUCCGCUACCGACUCUGCCUCCACUAGGUCGUCCAGACGCCGAACGACGCUGGCAAACGGAACCCCGUGAACUGCCUCAUGCAGCCCAUCAGCAUUUCCAACACCAUGAAUCGCGUCCCACCGAGCACAGCCGCACCAAUGACAUGUCUCCUGAGUCGCAGUCUCUUAGCCGUGACAUGAUCGAAGAGACUGAGUUCACGCGGGCUGGUGUACAGGUCGAGCUCAAGAAGCGGAAACGGCAAUUUGCCAACCGCACCAAGACUGGCUGUGGAACAUGCCGUAGGAGGAAGAAGAAGUGCGACGAGGCCAAACCAGAAUGCAACAACUGCACACGCGGUGGCUUUGUCUGUGAAGGCUAUGCCAACAAGGUACCUUGGCCGAAGAAUGGACCAGCCAAACCACCUGCACUGAUAGCCAAGGAGAAGUUCGCUGCCUACCCUACGUGCCCAACUUGUCAAGAAAUGCACACACCUCACUGCAGACCACCUCAUAGCUCUGAAGUGUCAUACACACCCUCUGAGAUGCAUUCAACCAACGGUAUCGAUCGCAAGUCAUGGAAACCUUGGAGUGACUCUGCGCCUGCACCGCCACCAGUUCGAGCUGCCUACCAGCCAGAGCCGCCGCCACCACCACCAUCAGUACAGUACAUGCAACCUGCGGUCAACCACUAUGAAAGGCUUUCGAGCUUGGACCGUAGACCUGUGCCUCAACAGCAACAGCAGUCUCACCACAGUUCUCGUGGUUAUCAUCAUGCUCCGCCAAGCACGACUCAUCUCGCUAUCAACACUGCUGUUCCUACCACUAUGGCCGCCAAGCCUAUCCAACAGCUGCAUGUGGCACCACAGCAUCCACCGCCUCCCCCGCCGCCAACAUCUUUGCCACCUACGCGGUCACCGACACGCUACUCCUCGUCGUCUACAUCGACCAUGUACAGGUCCGAAAAAGACAAGAUGCUUGCUGGAGAGCCAUUCAACCCCUUUGACAAGGUCCUGAUGAAAGAGCGUCAUUUGAGCGCGCUAGCACAAUCUUAUUUCAACGGAAAUAUCAACCCCUCCAAUGUUCUAUCUAGCCAAACGGUCGACCACCUUUUCAAACAAAUCCUGAACGCGGGCAAGAGAGGUGAUGAAGCCAGACGAAUCGAAACUCAUAUGGGUGACAACUGUCAUGUUGCUGCGCCCUUUGCUUGCGACUACGGCUACCACCUGAGUUUCGGCGAAAACAUUGUCAUCGGCGCUGAUUGUCGUUUUCAUGACUCCGCGAGGAUUGCCAUUGGAAGGAACUGCAAGAUUGGGGCCCGAGUUACUAUACAGACUCUGAAGACACCUACCGACACCAAAUCUCUGAAGGGCAGCAACGGCACAGAGGUUGCGCAAGAGGUCCUUAUCGGGGAGAACGUGUACAUUGGUGAUAACUGCAUAAUCGCGGCUGGCGUCCAGAUUGGCCCUAACACCAUAGUGCGUCCAGGUUCUGUGGUUUUAAGCUCUGUCCUCGCCAAUUCCAUCAUGCAAGGGAACCCCGCCACCAAUAUACUCUAA